ACGCAUGCAAUUGAGAGAGGGUGGUAAGUUUGGAGCAGGACGCCAAUGGAGCAUAUUCUCUCCAUCCGUUUCUCUCUCUCUCUCUCUCAAUUUUUAGUUGACCUUUCAAAUUGAACUCCAAAAUCCAGAUCACUCCUCCUCCCAUAAGCAUAAGCUCCGGAGCUUCGAGCCGACGCCCCCUUCGUCUUCGUCUUCGUCUUCAUCGAAAGCGCUCCGCCGUCGAGAGCUCCGAACCGAGGGAAAUCGAGAGCAAUGUCCUUCGAGGCCGAGGACGACGAGGAGGCGCUGGAGCACACGCUCCUCGUCGUCCGGGAGGUCGCCGUGUACAAGAUCCCGCCGCGCCCCACCUCCGGCGGGUACAAGUGCGGCGAGUGGCUCCAGUCCGACAAGAUCUGGUCCGGCCGCCUCCGCGUCGUCUCCUGCAAGGACCGCUGCGAGAUCCGCCUCGAGGACCCCGGGUCCGGCGAGCUCUUCGCCGCCUGCUUCGUCCUCCCGGGGCAGCGGGAGAGCGCCGUCGAGACCGUCCUCGACUCCUCCCGCUACUUCGUGCUCCGGAUCGAGGACGGCCGCGGGAAGCACGCCUUCAUCGGCCUCGGGUUCGCCGAGCGGAACGAGGCCUUCGAUUUCAACGUCGCGCUGUCCGAUCACGAUAAGUACGUGAAGCGGCGGGAGAGCGACAAGGAGGAGGGCUCGAGCGAGGGGGCGGGCGAUGGCGAUGGCCACAUUGACAUUCACCCUGCUGUUAAUCACCGGUUGAAGGAAGGUGAAACUAUUAGGAUAAAUGUGAAGCACAAGCCUUCUGGUGGAACUGGUAUGCUUUCAUCCGCUGGACUGUCAGGAGGGCCUUCUGGGAGUGGAAAACCAAAAGUUCUAAGCCUUGCCCCACCACCCAGUGCAGCUGGAAAAAUACGGUCUCCUCUCCCUCCACCUCCAAAUGAUCCUGCUGCUGUCAGGAUGACCUCUGCAUCUCAUGGUCUCAGCGGCAAGACCAAGGAAAAUACUAGACGAGGCACUGAUGCUUUGUCAGAUCUAUCUCAACUAGAGAAAAACCUCCCUUCCACAGCCAGUUCAGGUUCGACCAAGACUGCUACAGCAUCGGGAUGGGCCGCAUUCUGAUGCUUGGAAUGAGGGAUAUGAUUUAUAUAUUGGUUGUUGUACUGGGGAAAAAAAGUUACGAGAGACUAAUUAAAAGUGAUUUUUGAGGCAAGUGGUAAAUUCUUGAGAAAUAAUGACAGCUUGAUGUUACCAUAUGUUUGUCCAACCCAUAUUCUUGAUUUUACACCUUUGACUUUUCACAUGAUAUGAAAGUUUGUAUUACCUGUUUUGAGUUGGAUUUUGUAGUUGUGUUGA